AUGGGCGAGAAAGGAGCAGAGAGGCACAGGAGUUCCAACGGCACGGUCUACGCCAAAAAAGGCCAUGUCCGUGUUAUUAAGAACUCCAACCUAGGACAAGGGCAAGCUGGUUGCAGAAGUAUGGCGUCGUCGCCAACGAAAUCUUGUUCCAGUCCUGAGUCCUUUGUUGCUAGUGGGUCGGUGAAGAAGGGCAAGAGGUCACACGACUUCUCACCUCUGUCUGUCUCACCCACGGCAAGGAAUAGUGCCUUUUGGGGAAGCAUGUCUCCCAAAAACAUUACUCCUCGCUCUUCGCCCUCCCUGGGAUGCAACUACGCUGGGGCCAAGUUUAGUGAGCCUCCAUCGCCAGACACCCUGCCGAAGCCCCCAACACAUUGGAACAUGACACAACUUUCCCCAAGAAACAAGGAUCAGUACCUGGAGAUCUCUCAGCAGCUGAUGAUGCUUUUGAAGGUGCAAGCGUGA